CAUAUCUAUAUAAAUACACGCGAAGCGAAGACGCAUUUUUUUUGCAGUUAGUGAAAAUAUGAUGGACUCAAGUACGAAGGUGUUAAAGAGAUCUCAGUCUUUGGGUGUUGAGAAGAUGCAUAUUUCUUCGCGACUACAAAAAGUGAAACAAAAUAUGAAAAGGUUGGACGUUACUAAGCCCAAUAAGGAAGGAUUAAAAUCUACUGAAUCAAGCGAUGUUUUAGAAGAGCUUUUACAAUGCGGAGUGUGCUUAGAUAGAUUAACAGAACCAAAAAUGCUCCCGUGUCAGCACACCUUUUGUCUAUCAUGUUUGCAACUUCAUUUGAAGGCAGAAGCUGGCAGAGCAAUGAAUAAAAGACACACGCCACCAACUGCACAGGAAAUUGAAAGUGCGGCACAACAAUGCGUAGAGAUUAAGUGUCCAACAUGCCAGUACAGUUGUUCGAUAGACAAAGGAAUAGGUGGCCUGGAUGUACUGCCCAGAAAUCUUUACAUCGAUUCGUUGUUAAAUUUAUUACCAAAGCCAGGAACCAAAGAUAUUUCAUCAAAAUGCAUGUCAACUCCUGCUUCUGCUAAUUAUAGGAUAUCUACUGAGAUUAGGUGCGCAAAAUGCCAGACUCUUUGCAAAUUCGACGAGACAAGAUGUCAGCAUUGCGUUCAGGUAUUUUGUAAAGUAUGUUGGACGGAACAUAUGUCGGAGUUGAAAAAGAAUUUAAUUUCGUUGGUAAAUCAACUUUCCCAAACUCAGUCGAAACUUGAAAACAAACUGGACGACUUCGAUCAAAAAUGUUCGAACGCAGAGAUGAAAAUAAAAACGGCCGUAGAAUCGAAAAUUAACGAGAUUAGAAAAGAAGAGCAGCAAGCGUUGGCCAGAUGUGGAAAAUGUAAAGAAAGUGAAAACAAAGUUGCGCAAAUUUUGAAAGGGAAAAUAGAAGACGUCAAAAACGAUAUACAAAAAUUGGACUUUGAUAAUAUAGAGAGCGAUAUACAAAAGGUCGUAACUUUUGUUAAUUUUCAUCGGGCAACUUCAGCCCUGAUUGACAAAGUUGAUAAGUGGGGAGAACUGAAUGUUCCACUUGAACAAACCCUACACAUGAAUAGUUUAAACAUGGAAUCCGAACUAUCGGGAAACGCUUCAUCCCCUGUACUGGACGACGAUAUUUUUUGCUCGGAAUAUAAAACUCGCAAUUUUACUGCUAAGUUAAUUUGGAACAAAUUUCCACGACCAGCUGGAGUCGCUAUUGCCCCAUGGGCCUCGCAUAUCCUGUACAUUGCCACAACAGAUAAUAAAUCCAUUCUGAUUAUGGACAGAAUUAAAUUUAAAGUUAUUGGUAAAUUAACUUCGGAAAAUAUGGCAUGUCCCUAUGGCGUAGCAUGCAGCAAAACAAGGGGUGAAAUUUAUGUGACAGAUAAAUGGAACCACUGCAUUCACGUGUUCUCCAGUACUGGUGAUUAUAUCAACGUCUUGUCGAGUAAAGGCACUUCGGAAGGGAAGUUACUUAGUCCUGAAGGAAUAGCCGUUUGUCCAAACAACGACCUUGUCGUUUGCGAUACUGGAAACGACAGGGCCGUUAUUCUCAAUCCGGACGACGGCCACGAAGUUCUGUCACUCGGAAAAAUCGACAAACGAACGGGACUGCAAGCCCCUACAGGAGUUGCAAUUUAUAAAAAUCAAAUAAUUGUUGCAGACAGCGGAAAUAACAGGGUUAAAUUAUUUUCGUUAGAUGGUCAAAAAUUGUCUGAGUUUGGAAAUAAGUCACAGUUUCAAUCUAUCGACGCCAUAGCGACUGAUCCAGACGGUUUUAUAUUAGUAGGGGAUGCCGGAAGUGGGCGCUUAAAAAUAUUUUCGCCUGAUGGACUACUCAUACGGUCGGUUGGAGGAUCUCAGGGUUCCGAUAAAUUUUCUUGCAUUUCUGGAAUCGCUGUUACACCUGAUUUGGAUAUAGUAACUACCGAUUCCAGAAGUAGGAAAUUGCAAAUAUUUUGAAUAACUAUUUUAUUGUUAUUAAAACUGAUAACUAAAUAACAAGUACAUGAUAAGAAACCCUAAUAAAAAAGAUUUCAAAUUCUUACAUGAA